ACUAAAGCCAACGUUCCAAAACGCUGAGCAAAAUUUGCGCUUGUGAGGUGUGCCGGUGGCUGUGUAGGUGGGUGAAUGCUCGCUGUACGGUUUCCCUGCGUGCAUCCAAUGUAGCGCCGGUUACGUAAGCCGAGUGCAUUCGUUAUCCCGGGUAUCGCACUAUCAGGGGCAUGAUUCGCUCAUUGGUAACUGAUAAGUUUAGCGCGGCCGGUCGGUAGCGGUCUCGUCUGCCGCCGCGGUUGUGGUUUUAGCUUCGGGUUACACGAAAAUUUGCCCGGGCUGAGAAACGACGAUGACUGCCCUGUUGCUGCUGGAAUAUUCCCUUCAUGGCCUGGAAAGCCUCUACGCCUUCCUGGAUUCGCGCAGGGAGGCCGUCAAUAGCCGCUUUCAAUCCACGGAGCCGGCGUUCCUAAUUUUCGGUACCGCAAUUGUGACUGCAAUUGGCCUGCGACUUCUGUCGCGACUAAUUUAUGGCGAGGGCUUUGUUCCAAACGUCAGGCGGGGCAUCCUUGCACGGCUCAGAAACGCUCCCAUCAUACGCAUCUAUGUCAAGAAACAAUUGGACAAAGUUGCGCUCGACAUUGAGAGGUCCCUCAACAAACACUACGCCAAUGCCAAGUUCAUUUUGGAGCUGCCACAAAAGUCGUGGACGCCUGAAGAGAUCCUGACGGAGAUGGCACGCAACGACUCCAUGUGCAAGUUGGAGUGGAAGAAAGGCUGCGUGUCCGGAGCCAUCUACUCGGAGAACGACGAGCGGCUGGAGACGAUGAUGACGCAGGUGUUCCAGGCACACCUGCGUUCCAACCCGCUCCACUCGGAUGUCUUCCUGGGCGUCCGCAAGAUGGAGGCAGAGCUCAUACGCUGGUGUUGCAACCUCUUCCACGGGGGACCCGAGAGCUGCGGUUCGGUGGCAUCUGGAGGCACUGAGAGCCUAUUGCUGGCUUGCAAGUCUUAUAGAGAUUAUGCUUUCUCUGCAAAGGGUAUCGUCUAUCCAGAAAUGAUCGUUCCAGUCACUGCACAUGCUGGCUUUGAUAAGGCCGGCCAAUAUCUCCGGAUCAAGGUCAUUCCCAUCCCGGUGGAUCCCAAAACGAUGACUGUGGACGUGAAGAAAAUGGAGGCUGCCAUUACCAAUAACACGAUCAUGCUGGUUGGAUCUUGCCCCCAGUUUCCCCAUGGAGCCAUUGACCCCAUAGAACAGAUCUCCGAGCUAGGAGUAAAGUAUGGCGUUCCGGUCCACGUGGAUGCCUGCCUGGGAGGCUUCCUGGUGGCCUUCAUGGAGGACGCCGGCUUUCCCCUCCGUCCAUUUGACUUCAGGCUCCCGGGAGUCACCAGCAUCUCUGCCGACACCCACAAGUACGGCUACAGCCCCAAGGGAUCGUCCAUAAUAAUGUACAGGGAGCGCAAGUUCCACCACUGCCAGUUUACGGUGACCACUGACUGGCCUGGAGGUGUCUACUGCACUCCAACUGUGUCUGGCAGCCGAGCAGGGGCAGUGACGGCCUGCACUUGGGCCUCGCUGCUCUACUAUGGGCGGCAGGGCUACGUGGAUGCCACCAGGAAGAUCAUCACCACCACCAGGGAUAUUGUCGCCAGGGUGUCCGAGGUGCCCGGCAUCUAUGUGAUUGGGUCGCCCGACACGAGCGUGGUGGCCAUCGGCUCGCACGUCUUCGACAUCUUCCAACUGAUGGAGAAGCUGACCCACCAGCGGGGCUGGAACCUGAACCCGCUCCAGUACCCGGCGGGCUUCCACCUCUGCGUCACCCUGCUCCACGUGUCCGAGAAAGUGGCCGACCGCUUCGUCAACGACGUCCGCGAGCUCACCGCCGAGAUCAUGAAGGACCCCCCCAAGCCCAGCACAGGACAGGCUGCAAUCUACGGGAUGGCACAGAGCCUUCCAGAUCGCACUGUUGUAGAGGACCUGGCCCGUGCUUACAUUGAUUCCUGUUACAGCACACGCUACAUAGCGGACAGCUAGCCACCUAAUACACUUGGCAGAGAUGCUGCACUCUUUAAGAGGACACAUGCUUUCUCUCCCAGAAAAUCGUUCAACAGAAAAAAUUUGUUACAUGAUCAACAUUUUACUUUUUUACGAGGCCUCGCCCUACUUGACCUAUUCCUUGUCUUUUUUUAUUGUCUUCAUUAAGUGACCUCCCGGUUUCCCCUAGUCUUGGGUUUAUGAGAGAUGUUUUGAAGUGUGCCACCUCACUUGUUCUCUCACAGUUGUGUUUUUCUCUUGUUUUUCGGUCAACCUUACAAGUCGGGCGACAAACAUGUGAAAGGUUGCACUGCAUCGGUAGACAAUGCUGGAACGCAUUGGUGUCUCUUGCUGUUCGUGUUCGGUCGCUUGGAGUCUGAUUUGUCGAAGCGUGCUUGGAAAAAUGCAUUACUAACAUUAUACUUUUAUUUCUUGUUUUUGUUCUAAGUAGUACAUAUUUUUUUUCAGCCUUUCAGUUUCUGAAACCUUUAGGGCAUAUUGCUGUAUGAAGAACUGUCGACGCUUUGAGACAAUGUUGUGCUGGCCUUCUGUUCUAAAAAUUUGAUACAGGCUUGUCUUCGCUGCAAUGCUGAAAUUGCAACUUGUAAAUGGCAAUGAGUACUGAGUGCAGCUUUAAAAACGCCUUAGUAUGUUUUUGGCAUACAGAUACAUUCUGCAUGGAUACUGCACAACCCUUAAGUCUGGUUUACCUGAAUAGGCAAGGUUUAUAUUUCUAUGAAUAGUGAGGGUCAUGCGAGCCAAUUUUGGAGUUCAUAGAUCGAAGCAGAACUAGACAGCAUCUAUAUACCGUAACCAAAUUUGCAUUUCAUUGGCAGUUAAUAUAUCUACUGUAAAAUAUCGGGGGAGCACCUAUCACACUUUCUCUGAAAACAGUAAUAAUCUGAACAUGGGCGCUUGUCCGGUCAAAUCAGGCGCUUAAUGUAUAAUUUGCAGAAUUAAUUCCCAAGUUUGGAACAUGUUAAUAGUCGGCGCUUGAACAAAGUGGGUGCUUCACAAGUAUUUUACGGUAGUCAUUUGAAUUGGGCUUUCCCGGUUCAACUUGCCAAGUGUGGCUGCUGCAGUCGUAAAAUUGCUAUUUAGCAAAUCCUUCUAGAGUGGUAUCGACUUUUUCGUCAGCAGAUGCAUCAUUGUUGCAGAAAAUAUGAUCCUGUCUUUGUCCAUACAAGUGAAAUUUAGCUUUAGCCAUACUAAAAUUUUAGCUGAAGGCUAGGUUUUGCUUGAUCAACAGCAUUGCAGCUUUUGGUACAAAUAUUUGCUCUUAGAUUAUUUUCUAUCGAUAACUACCAAUGCUUGUUUCAUUAGUUCCAAUUUAUGCUCGAGCUGGACUCUGGAGUGAUCUCAUCGUGAAAGUAAAAAGUUUUGUUUGACUGGUGUAGUUGUGUGAUAAAUUUGUCUGUGCAUGUUACUUAUCAUUGUAGAGUUUAACAAUCAACAGAAAACUGAGGUGGGAUUGCUCCCCUUCACCAUGAAACUGACAUUCUUUAAGCUUUCUGGAAGUUUCAGGCGCUUUUCCAAAUUAAUGUGGUAGAAAUAUCUGCAAGCUUUAGUGGUCAUUGUCGGUAAAGAAAAAAUGCCAGGAUUCAAGAAUGAAAUUGCCAGAGGCAAUUCUAUGCCUUGCUGAGGCACCAAUAAAUUACGGCUGCAAUGUAAACUGGUUCUAUGGUGCAGUGUGAUAAACUUUUUUAGAUACUUUUAUCGGGCUUUGAAAGCAUACUUAUUCUUCAUUACUUCCACCGAACUGUCAGUUUUGUUUUCACUAGGUAUCUAGCCUCCAAUAUGUGUACUACAAAUUUAUUUUCACUGUUUACUGCUAUGAAGAGUGCAUUAAAUCAAGAAUAAAAGUAUUUACAAAGAAA